AUGGAAAGCAGGAAGCCACUGCUCACUCAUACUGAACUCACAAUUCAUCUACACCUUUGCUCAUCAAACCUCUCGUCACCUACAGACAACUUACACACCUCACAUCAAACCUCAACCUACCACAACACAACCAUCAAAAUGAAGUACUCUUUCGUCUGCGCUGCCCUCGCCGCCUCGGCCUCUGCCCAAAUCAUCUCCGAUAUCACCUCGGUUGGUGGCUCCAUCGUCUCUGUUGCAACUAGCGGUGCCGACUCAGUCUUCUCCGAUGCCACCUCUGGUGUUGGUCAGGGUAUUUCCGGUGCCUCAUCAGUCGCUACCGCUGCAGUCUCUGGAGCUUCGUCAGUCGCUAGCGAUGCUGUUUCAGGUGCCUCUUCUCUUGUCAGCGCCGGUUCUUCUGGAGCCGCUGGCGCCCUUACCACUCUUACUGGCAGUGCCUCAUCUGGCCUUUCAUCCGCUUCUAUGGCGCUUGCCUCCGAGAGCGCCAACAUCAGCUCUCGCUUGAGCUCCCUCUCCGCUGCUCAGUCUACUGCCACUGGCUCGGCCAAGAGCUCUCUCUCAUCUGAAGCCGCUGCCCUGCAGUCCUCGGCCUCGUCUGCUCUCAGCUCUGGUAGCAGUGCUUUGAGCUCCGCUUCUUCGAAGGUCUCUUCUGCAGUCUCGUCUGCCUCUAAGGGUGCAUCUUCAGAAGCCUCCUCUGCUUCCAAGAGCGGUUCCUCGGCUGCCUCAUCCGCCUCCUCGCGUGCCUCUUCGGGUGCUUCCUCUGCCACCAGCACUGGUGCCGCUGCCUACAACGGACCUGCUGUCGGUGGUGUCCUUGGUGCCGCCCUUGGCUUCGCUGCCCUCAUCUAA